UCUCCAUUUCCGGUGCAGGUUCCCCCUCGGCGUUUCCUUGGCGCGCGGCUCGGAAGAUGGACCUGGGCGCCUUCGAGGAGGACAACGCGGUGAGCUGCCUGCUGGGCUCCUCUGCGCCCGCCGCCUGCCGCGCCCAGCCCUGCUGCCUGGGCAUCGAUGAGGCCGGGAGGGGGCCCGUGCUCGGCCCCAUGGUUUAUGGAAUCUGUUAUUGCCCUGUGGCCCGGCAACGAGAUCUGGAGGCGAUCAAGGUGGCAGAUUCAAAGACUCUAACAGAAGCUCAGCGGGAGCAGCUCUUUGAGAAGUUGGAUGCAGCCAAGGAUUUUGUGGGUUGGGCCCUGCACAUCCUCUCGCCCAACUUCAUCUCAACUAGCAUGCAGAGGCGAGCAAAGUACAACCUGAAUGCACUUUCUCAUGAUACAGCCAUUGGGCUCAUCCAGCAUGCGUUAGACUCUGGAGUGCAGGUUGCAGAGGUCUUUGUGGACACUGUGGGCCCAGCAGAGAAGUACCAAGAGAAGCUAAAGCAACAGUUUCCAGGACUGGAGGUUACCGUGAAGCCAAAGGCAGACUCCCUCUUUCCUGUUGUCAGUGCAGCCAGUAUCUGUGCCAAGGUAGCCAGGGAUCGGGUUGUGAAAAACUGGAAAUUUGUUGAAGCUCUGGAAAAUGUGGACUCGGACUAUGGCUCAGGCUAUCCCAAUGACCCCAAGACUAAAGAGUGGCUCACACAAAUUUUGGACCCUGUAUUUGGCUUCCCCCAGUUUGUGCGAUUCAGUUGGAGUACAGCUCAGGUCAUCCUGGAGAACAAAGCCGUGGCUGUUCGCUGGGAUGAUACUGAAGACGACCCAUCCCAGAAGAAUGCUAAGUCCCUGCUGAGCUACUUUGCCCGGAAGGACACUCCCACCCAGCGCCCUGCCCACCGCUUCUUUUAUGAACGCAAGCUGGAGACCGUGACUAGCCUGUAGGGGGCAGCAGCUUGAUUCCCUUCAUGUUGGCAUCAUCUUUCUUGGAUUGCACAGGAAACUUUCUGGAUUGUCCCUGUGUUUUUAACUGGAGGCUGUAAUUCUUUGAGCUAGGACUAUGCAGGGAACCUGUGUGUGGUGGCAUCAACAGACAGAAAUGGACUUGUCGAGCUUUUCUCUUUCUGGAGGCCUUUGUACUUUUUUUUUUUUACUUCUUUUUAGUAAAAAUUUAAAAACACCAACAACUGAGAGUGUAUAAAUUAGCUGCUAAUAUUACUGGUGCAUAACAAAUUCUGGUCAAAAGGGCUGAGGCACGGGAAGGCCAUGCAGAUCUGUAAGUUGGUGUGAACAAAGCCAGAAGGUCCAUUCCUAGACCAUAGUCAACAUGCACAUCCUGUACAACCAGAAAUGGCUGGAUUUUAAGAACAAGCCCUUGAUGGGGCAAAACAAAGUGUGUUUGUAGGCCAGACCUCAUCAUAAGAGAGAAUCACAUGCCCUGGAGCUUUGAUAUAUUAUGUUUUUCUAUGUUUUAAUUUGUUACUCUUUGGCCAGUCUUACAUAGUUUUAGGUUGUCUUAUUGUAUUUGAUUUAUUUAAUACUUGCUUGUUUUGGCAUUGUUUGUUACAUUGAUGGAAACUCAGGGAGAUAGAGUGAGUUAUUAAAAAGUAUUAUUAUUAUUAUUAA